AUGGAUAUGGCAGUUUUUGAGGGAAGGAGUCCCCGGGAAUCGGAAGGCGACUUCACUGACGAGAACGUUGGCCUCAUCAGUAAAACGAAGAAAAAGGGCAAGAUUUUAGAGCGUACUCCGUUACUACAUCGCCCAAUGUCAUCUGCUGACCCAGUUACUGUCGAGUUUGGUCGUCGACUUGAACGUGAAAGUGAAGAACAUCAUGCUUCUAGCGACGAUGAAGGAGCUAAUACCGGUGAACAAUAUGGUAGUACUACGGGUGCUGACUUCAAAGCAGUAGUUGAUGAAGCGAUACGUGCUAUACAUAACGGAGUUUUUCCCGAACGUAUUGCCCAGGGAUCGAGUGGCUCAUAUUUUGUCAAGAAUAUGCAAGGGAAGAUCAUAGGCGUUUUCAAGCCGAAAAACGAGGAACCAUAUGGUCAUUUGAAUCCGAAGUGGCUGAAAUGGUUUCAUAAGAUAUUUUUACCCUGCUGUUUUGGAAGGAGUUGUCUUGUUCCGAAUCAGCAACCUUUCGAUGGAACCAAGCAAUUGGAAGAAUGCAAGUUGAGGUUUUCUCAUGGAGGUUCAAUUCAAGAGGUGGUAGAUUCUAUAAAGUGA